CUCAUUUUUCCUUUAAUUGCUAAUUGUAUGUCUUGUUUUGGGUGUCUAAGGGAUCUAGUGAAGGGAGCAUCGGGAGUUGUCUCCAGAUACGAAAGAUGGAGCCAAAAAGCUCCUCACGUUGUUGGCGAAUCAUGACUGGUCUUUACUACUUCUUGUCACCAUUAUCCGGUGAUCUAGGAGGUGGUUAUAUUCAAGAAAACUGUUUUUGUCGGACCAACCGUUUGAUACCUACCGUUGGUCCGUUUCAUGCGGCUGCGUCCUUUCUUCUUUCCAACCAUCUCAAUGUUGAUCUCGUCACUGAACUGUGGUCAAUAUACACAUAUGUACAUGAUCAAUCUCGUAUAUGGCAUCUUAUAUCGUGUCAUCGCUGAGAGCCUUUUCUUGUGCAAAUAGGACUACUGUUAUCCAUAGCCAGAGACACA